AUGGUCAGCAACGAGGCAUACCGUUCCCCAUCCGACGACAAGGUUGGUUACAGUGAAAUGAAGAGGCUCACCUGUCGCAUCAAUGAAGCUCUUUUCAAUGACAAUGAUGAUGCCCUUUCCAACCACAUCUUCAUCCAUCACGACCCAUUUUCCCAGAGCGAGUUGGAUGAGGUCAUGACCUUCAUCAGCGGCCAUGCCAUUGUCACCUCUGUCAAGCACACCAUGGACGCCAUUGAAGCCACCACUGAAGACGGUCGCAAGGUCAACAUCACUCUCUUUUUUGGUGGAAUUUGCUUCAACAGAAAGAUCAUGGAAGCCAAGAAGAAGCAGCAAGCUCCUCGAGAGUCCAUCAAGUCAACCGACUCUACCUUCAAAGCCUUUGAAGACAUCACUGGCCAAGGAUUGACACAAGUCGUUGGUAUGUUCGCUCCUGCCGAUGCUCCUGCCGAUGCUCCUGCCGAUGCUCCUGCCGCCGCCGCGAACGGAAACUUGGAUGCUCUUUUGGAAGACGAUGAGUAA